CUGGGUGGAAGCCAAAUCCCCUGCGCAAAAUUGUGCUCUCAGGACAUCCUGGUGGCCGCCCGCGAUCGCUGGUUGCGUGGGGCGACUAUAUACAUCGACGUCGGAGCGAUAUCGGACCAGUGUGACCCACAGCCUUUUGGAGGUUUCCAGUCCAAAGUGUUCUGGCAAGGCAUGGGGAAGUACGAGCAUUGCAGUGGUGCACCUCAGUUCCUAACAUUUCUGCUGCUUUUACUGCUGACGUUCGAAGCGACACCUUGUCUCGGUCUCAGGGAAGGACUGAUACCGGGAGGGUGGACGAAGCAGGACCCAAAUUUCCCAGUCUUUGAAGGCGCAGCAAAGUUCGCCGAGUGGAAGGCUGAGUUGCAAGGCGGUCCUCAAUACCGCAUUCUCCGGGUCCUUUCCGCGUGGACGCAGAUCAUGAAUGGCAUCAACUACAGAGUGCGCUACAUGAGGGUGCCAAAGUGCAGACCAGAUGAAGGUCGGAGGAUGUGCAACCACAAUGAGCCCCCGGAAAAAUGCUUGGCCAUUGUUCACACUCCGCCCUAUACCUAUGACAUGACUGUUGUUGAGCAUUCAUGUAUUCAGCUGGGCGGUGGCGGCCACUACCCCCCGGAAGUGCAAACCUUGCCGCCGCAAGGUUACAGGAAAUAGAUCUGA